AUCUGGGCCCAGGGAGUGUGUGUGGUUAUUGCAGAGACACACAGAAGGCAGCUGCAUCUGCAGAGGAGCGAACAACUGGAUCUUGUUCACACUCAGCCAGAGGAAGUUUCCUGGGGUGAAACGUCACCUUCUUCCAGCCUGACACAGACCGGUGAGCUGAAGGGACAUCUCUGAGACCCUGCUGCUGCCACCAUGAGCUCAGAAGAUCCCAAGGACUGCUCAGAGAGCCAAACCUUUGUUGAGGAUGCCAUUGACUAUUUCCAGAAGAGUGUGAGCUGGGAACACCUGCAAUUCUUGCUCACAGAAGACAAACCCUGGGAAAAUUUUGUGACCAAGGCCAAUUUGUCCAGGGAAGAGGCAGAUGGACUCCGUGAAUAUCUGAUCAAGGUGCAAACUAUCUUGACCGGGGAGGACCAAGACAGGCUCCUGCAAAAAUACCAGCAGGAAAAGGAGAGGUUUUUGAAGGAGUUUCCUCAGGUAAAACAGGAGCUGAAGGAAAGCAUAAGAAAGCUCCGUGAGCUCGCAGACAGUGUUGACAAGGUGCACAGGGACUGCACCAUCUCCAAUGUGGUGGCCUCCUCCACUGGUAUUGCGUCUGGUGCCCUGAGCAUCCUUGGCCUGGUUCUGGCACCCUUUACAGCAGGCCUCAGUCUGGGACUCUCAGCCGCUGGAAUAGGGCUGGGAGCAGCAGCUGCUGUGACAGGUUUGUCCACCAUGGUGGUGGAAACUGUAAACACGUCAUCAGCAGAAACCCAGGCCAGUUCCCUUAACACAGACAAAGUAAAAUGCUGUCUAAAUGAUCUCUACCAAGUUAAAGACUUGCGGAGGCAUAUUCAUGCCAUCAGGGAGGCCAGACGCAACCCUCAAUUAGUAGCGACUGCUCAGUCCUACAUAGAAACCUGGGGGCUCUCUGGCCCACCUCCCCAAGAGGUGAGCACACAUUUCGGAGGCACACCUCUGGCAGUGAAUAGAACAGCCCGCAUCGGGAGAGGAGUCUUCUCAGGUAUAUUCAUAGGGCUGGACGUGUACUCCCUGGUGAAAGACGCACAGGACUUGCAGGAGGGGGCAAAGACAGCAUCAGCUGAGAACAUGAGGCAGAAAGCCCAGGAGCUGGAGAAGAAGUUGGAGGAGCUCACCUGGAUCUAUGAGAGUCUGCAAUAGGGCCCGGCUGGGCCACCCCUAGAGCAAUGCGGGGAGCAGAGACCUGUGCAGGGUCAAGAGGAGAAACCACGUAUUUCGGACUGAAGAAGACACUGAGGGAAGAAUAAGGAGAGAAAGGGAGACUAGCAUUGAGAGGCCAGGAGUAGGGGAGCUUUGAAAAUGGGAGAAAGCGAGAGAGUUAGGAUUGUAGAGAUCCAGCACAAGUAGCAGGGGCUCCUCUAUUGCCCUCCCCAGGGUCUGACAUUCCAGCAGGAAGGGUUUCCCCCUGGUGAGGGUCUCUGGCCCUACUUCUCCAGCAUCAACUCACAUUUGAACUCAGUAGGGAGUGACUUGUUUGUUUCCAUGUUUUAUUAAAGUAUAGUUGAUUUACAAUAUUGUAUUAGCUUCAGGUGAAUAGCAAAGUGAUUCCAUUAUACAUGUAUCUAUCUACAGAUUUAUCCUUUUGAAAUGUUUUAUACGUUCUUCAGUUCUGUUCAGUUAGUCGUUCAGUCUUUGCGACCCCAUGGACUGCAGCACGCCAGGCCUCCCUGUCCAACACCAACUCCCAGAGUUUACCCAAACUCAUGUCCAUUGAGUUGGUGAUGCCAUCCAACCAGCUCAUCCUCUGUCAUCCCCUUCUCCUUCCAUUUUCAAUCUUUCCCAGCAUCGGGGUCUUUUCAAAUGAGUCAGCUCUUCACAUCCAGUGGCCAAAGUAUUGAAGUUUCAGCUACAGCAUCAGUCCUUCCAAUGAAAAUUCCCAACUGAUUUCCUUUAGGAUGGACUGGUUGGAUCUCCUUGCUGUCCAAGGGACUCUCAAGAGUCUUCUCCAACACCACAGUUCAGAAGUAUCGAUUCUUCACCACUCAGCCUUCUUUAUGGUCCAACUCUCACAUCCAAACAUGACUACUGGAAAAAUCAAAGCUUUGACUACCGGGGACUUUGUCAGCAAAGUGAUGUCUCUGAUUUUUAAUACGCUGUCUAGGUUGGUCAUAACUUUUCUUCCAAGAAGCAAAUGUCUUUUAAUUUCAUGGCUGCGGUCACCAUCCACAGUGAUUUUGGAGCCCGAGAAAAUGAAGUCUGUCACUGCUUCCAUCUUAUCCCCAUCAGGGAGGGCUGCAUGAUGCCAAAUCUCCCCCCACUCAUGGAAGACACAAAGAUGGGGACACAGCAGAGUGGGUCCAAGAGUCUCUGUGAAGGAGGAGUUCAGGCAGCUCUCCCCCCAAGGUGGGGCUGUUGCAGAAGUGAGUUGACACUUGAUGCCAGUCACAGAGGGUCCCCACUGGCCCCGCCAGAAGGAGAAGCCAGAAAGCUGGCCUCAGCUUUCUGUGGCCCCUAGGGACUCAGGCCUCUGAGCUCACUUCUUGGACAAGAGGUAAUUGAUGUUUAUGACUCAUCUCAAGCUCACAGGGAGCAUUUAUGGAAGGAAAGUACAUUUUUUAGACUACUGGAAGGUUGAAGGAAUUCUCUUCCUCUAAGGAAAUGGCAUGGUCCAGAAAACAGACCGACCUGCCAGUUUCCCCACUUGGGGGCAAGUCAGAGCCUUAGUUUUCCCAGGUGACAUUGAGAUAGUAAAUGUUCCCAUCACAGGCCUGGGGUAGCUUGCAUGGUGUUGAGUGUGAAAGUGUUUUACAGACUGUAAAGUGUUCAGGUGCUGCUAUGUUUGCCCACAAAUGUUCAGCUUUUCAACAAUUUGUUUUAAUUUUUGAAAAUCAUCAAAUUUACCAUCUUACCCACUUUUAAGUGUACAGUUCAGUGGUAUUAAGGAAACUCACAUCAUUGUACAACCAGCAUCACCAUCCAGCCACAGAUUGUUUUACAUCAAAAAUGAAACUAUGUCCCAAUUAUGUACUAAUACCUCAUUCUCCCUCCUCUCCAGCCCUGGCAAGCACCAGUGUACGCCUGAUUUUUAAGAAUUUGCCUCCUCUCAGGACCUCAUAUGAGUGGAAUCAUACAAUAUUUGUCCUUUGUGACGGGGUUUUUUCUCUUUCUUUUUUCCUUCCUGUGGUGAAACAAACACAACAUAAAAUUGACCACUUAAGCAUUUUUAGUGCACAGGUGAGUGGCAUCAAGUCCAUUCAUCUCUUGUGCAGCCAUCACCACCAUGCAUCUCCAUCUUCUUUCUUCCUGAAACCUGAGGCUCCACUGGACCGAACUCGCCUCCCCCUCCCACAGCCCCUGACAACCACCACCCUGCUUUCUGUCUUUAUCCAUUUGCCUACUCUGCAAACCUAAUAAACAGAGAAAAUGCAA